UUCUCAUCCCCUUAUAUGUUAUUAAACUCACGAAUGAAGCAGGUCAGUAAACACGGGGCGGGCGGGGAUGGUACUUCUUAAUAUUAUUAAAACAGCAGCUUUAAAGACAGCUAUAUAAUAUUAACAUACGUAUAGCGACCGAAGCCAGGAUAUGUGACGGCACGACGGUGGUUCACUCAGUCUCGCGACCGCAGGCAGGUUAAUGCGGUUAGCCACGAUGCUAACGCCAUUACGCUAGCCUUGGGCGGCUCAAUCACAGCGUUGUUGUUGUCGCCAGCGUAGCUUCACUAUCGUCGCCGUUAUUGUUCGCGCAUAUUCCUCGGAGGAGAACAAGAUGAAGGUGGAAUUUGUGGAGUCGCUGAAUCGGGCGACGGUGGACGACGUCGUGGUCAUGUUCAAAAGUGAGGAUGAAGCGGGGUCACGUGACGGCACGGAGGACGGUUGCACGGACGGGCAGAUGCUCGACAUCCGAAUCAAGGAGGAGCCGCGCUUCCCCCAGAUCAGCGAGGUCCGUUGUGGCGUCCCGUUAAGCUAUUUGGAAGAGACGCCAGAUGGUGACCGUCCUUUCAAACAGGAGUCCGACUUGGACCUCCAGGCGGGAUGCGAGUACGAGGUGGCUGUCAAGCUGGAGGACGUCAUCAAAGAAGAAGAAGAAGAAGAAGACGACGACGACAGACAGGACGAGGACUCACAAGAUGGAGACCAGGUGGAGGAUGACGGAGAGGAGGACAGCACAGAGUUGUUGUCCGAGUUCUUCCCCUGUCCUCACUGUGAUGUCUCCUUCACAAACCUGGACUUCCUGGAGAAGCAUGUCAAGUGGGUCCACCAGAAGGAGUACCUCGCCGAGCUCAAGAAAUGUCUCUCUGACCGUGACCAAAGCCUCAUCCCGGAGCACACCUGCACCACCUGCGGUAGCACCUUCAGUUCUAAAGUCUACCUGCGGGUCCACGUCAAAGAGGCCCACCCUUCCGCCCCACCUCGCCGUCUCCACCCUUGCCCGACAUGUGCGCGUAGCUUCCAGUACUUGAAGAAUCUGAAGAACCACUGUCAGCGCUGGCACGACAUGUCGGUGGUCAUCAGAGGUGGGCAUCUGUGCUGCAUGCAUUGCGGGAAGAGCUUCAAGGCCACCUGGGGACAGGGGCCCCACCUGUGCAAUGCGCCGAACACCGAAUGCGAGGAGAAGCCCAUUUGUCUGGAUGUGGGUGUUGAGUGUAGCGUGUGUGGCAAGAAGUUGCGCACGCCCCAGAGUCUAGAGGACCACAUGCGCACCCACACAGGCGACCGGCCGUUCGUGUGCAAGGACUGCGGCCGGCGGUUUGUGGAGCGAAGCAGCUGGCGCCAACAUGCCCUGAUCCAUACGGGCGAGAAGCCGCACAAGUGUCAAGUGUGCGGGAAGGCCUUCCAGAGGGGACACCAGCUCAAAUGCCACCUCACCACACACUCGGCCAAGAAAGAGUUCUCCUGCAGCCAAUGCGGGAAAGAGUUUGGACUCAAAGCGAGCUUGAAUCUCCACCUGAGGACGCACUCCAACGAAAAGCCUUUUCACUGCGUGGUUUGUGCCAAGAGAUUCAACACCCGCAAGAACCUGCGCGUGCACAGCAAGCUGCACAACGGCGACAAGACGCAUCAGUGCAGCGACUGCGGCCUGAAGAUCAGCGACUUGGGCGCACUCAAGAUCCACCUGCGCACUCACACUGGCGAGAGGCCCUACCACUGCACCGUCUGCGGCAACAAGUUCAUCCGUCUGGCGCACCUGCGCAACCACCAGCGCACACACACCGGCGAGCGGCCCUACAAGUGCGACCAGUGCGACAAGAGCUUUACGCAGUCAGGGGACCUGGUGAAGCACAAGCGGACGCACUCCGGGGAGAAGCCCUUCGAGUGCCCCGAAUGUCACCGCCGCUACACGUCAUCCGGUGACCUGGGCAAGCACCGCCGCACUCACACCAACCUGCGGCCGUACAUUUGUCAGGAAUGCGGCAAGAGCUUCCGCCUGUCGGGUCAUUUGAAGACGCACAUGCUCACGCACACCGGUGAGAAACCGUUCUCCUGCCCCAACUGUCUGCGCAGGUUCGCCCGUUCCCACCAUCUCUCCGGACACGUGGCUAAGUGUCGCUAACUUGAAAAAUGUGUACUUAUCAAAAUCUUUCAAUGUGAAAACUACAGUGGAACCUCUGAACUGGGGUACAGUAGUCUGGACCGAGCACUGCUGCGAAUAGCAUAAAAACAUUAGCAUUAGUAGAGCACUUUAACAACCAAGUGCUGUACAUAAACCAUAAAAGACAAUAAUUUAAAAAACAAAUGAUUAGAGUAAUAAAAUGUAAAACUACUCACCCCUUGGAGAUGCUUGAUGACUGCGAAGUAUUUUGUGGAGUGUUAGGAACUGUCAUAUACGUACCCGUAAAAAGAAGAUAAGAAGCAUAACUCAAGGCAGCUGACUACAGUGUACAUUAGGUUCUUUUAUGACUGAUGUCAGUUUGGGCAGCUAUCAAAUAUUUUAGUAUUCGAGCAAAGAUUUUCAAUGACAUGAAUCAAAAUGUAGCCACUUAACUCAUUCACUGCCAGCCUUCCCAGUAACAUGGAUAUUUGACUUUUAAAGCCGUCAAUGGCAGUGAACGUGUUAAAGAUCAGAUGGUAGUACACUGGCCAUAUCUCACACAGUGCCUGAGCAAAACUACAAGCACCCUGUAUGAAGUAAUGUCAUGGUGACAGGCAUACUGUUGUCACCAUCGUAAAUAAACCAGCCACAAACUUGACCGUAGUCAUAAUUAAGAGAGUAGCCCUCCACAGGGCUAACAUUCUGUGUUAGUAAGGUACGUUAAUAUUAGUCUCACUGAUUUGCGCAACAUUUAAUUUACCAUGUUUUGGGUCCUACACGGAUUCAUCCUGAGGCAAUGGGUGUCUUGUUGAAACGAUUAAACGUCACAGUGUUCGCCUUGAAAUGCUUCCACUCUUUUGCCAUUUUCUGUCAUUUUUUUCUCUUGCAUUUUCUUCUCUUCGUCGUCACCAUGUUCCUGCUUCGUCAACCAUCUCCUAGUUCCUAAGUCACGUAGCGCGUUGUGUCACAUUAAUGGCCGUGGGUCCCUUGAGCUUCACAAUAUAUAUAUAUAUAUAUAUAUAUAUUUUUUUUUUUUUAAAUUUAUACUCAAGGUACUUGAAAUACCCAAUUACUCGUUGCUGCCCUAAUGUCGAGUUAUUGUGGCUUUUCACUGUGUUGUACUGAGCAGCCAGAACAGAAAGAGGCGUAUGCACCACUGUUUGGCAUUUUUCCAUUUUCAGUUCUAUGGUUAGUCACACUUUUUGUCCUCAUUUCAUUUGUGGCUGCACUCGCACAAAAUUUUGAAGUAAGCCAAAGGACAAGGAAAACACUUGUGGAAUUGAAUCGGUUAGAUGCUUACUAAGCUGAAGUCAACCUGCCAAGUUUUGUACAACUUUUUGGUGGAAUCUUUACCACUUGGGAGGCCAGACAUAAAUCACCCACAAGGGAAAUUUUACAAAUUUGACUCGAGGUUCCACUGUAUUUUUAAAAAAACGCAACAUGGAAAUUGAUGCUCUUAUUUGUUUUUUGUUUUGUUUUGUUUUUUUUAAUAAUUUGGUAGGUCUACAGUACUCUAAACUAUUUAUUUAACUAUUUUUUAAAUUACAAUUAUAGUACAAAGUGAUGUGGUAUACAAUGUGAUGUACAUGUUUGAUUCGUCUCUACUAACUCGUGCUGUUCUACUUGUAAUAAAUUAUAUGACCAGUGCAUUAA